AUGGCUACCGUUAACAUUCGUCGCGAUGUCACCGACCCCUUCUACCGUUACAAGAUGGAGCGCCUCCAGUCCAAGAUCGAAGGCAAGGGUAACGGUAUCAAGACUGUCGUUGUCAACCUGAACUCGGUCGCUCAGUCUCUGAGCCGUCCCCCAUCCUAUGUGAUCAAGUACUUCGGAUUCGAACUCGGUGCUCAGGCCAAUGCCAAGCCCACCGAUGAUCGCUGGAUCAUCAACGGCGCCCAUGACGCUGGCAAGCUUCAGGAUUAUCUCGAUGGCUUCAUCUCCAAGUUCGUGCUCUGCAAGAAAUGCAAGAAUCCUGAAACGGAUGUCAUCAUCAAGGACGAGAAGAUCAUCCUUGACUGCAAGGCUUGCGGUCAACGCACCGAUGUUGACCCUCGUCUGAAGCUGAGCACCUUCAUCAUCCGCGACCGUGUUUCCACCAAGGGAGGGAAGAAGGACAAGGCCGCCAGACGCGCUGCUCGUCGCAACAAGGAUAAGAACGAGGCCACGAACGGUGACAAUGCUAGCCCUGGAGACAGCAACUCCGGCAACUCCGACGAAGAUCUCGCCAUCGAAGCCAACAGCGAUGAUGAGCUUACUCGCCGCAUCAAGGCCGAGGCCCAGGGCAUCGAAGCCGAGGAUGACAUCAAUGACGAUGAGUGGGCUGUUGACGUGUCUGAAGAGGCCGUCAAGGCUCGUGCCAAGGAACUCCCCGAUGAUCUGAAGCGGUCUCUCGUCCUCGAGGAUGCUGACGAAGAUGGAGAGCCUGAUGGACCAUCCGCCUACGAGCAGCUCGGCAGCUGGGUUCUUGAAGCUGCUACUGAGAAGGGUGGCGUUGCUGCGGUCAGCGAUGUCGAUAUCUACAUGAAGGCCAAGGAAUUUGGCAUUGAGACCAAGCACAAGACCGUCGCUGUUCUGGCUCAGACCAUCUUUGAUGACAAGAUUGUCAAGCAGAUUCCCACCCGUGCUGCUUUGCUGAAGAAGAUGAUCACUUCGGAGCGCCACGAGAAGUCCUUCCUUGGCGGAACCGAGCGUUUCGUCGGCAAGGACCGCCCGGAACUGAUUGCUCAGGUCCCCGCUAUCCUUCUGGGUUACUACCAGAACGAUCUCGUCUCCGAAGAAAUUCUGAAGGCGUGGGGCGCCAAGGCCAGCAAGAAAUAUGUUGACCUGUCGACCAGCAAGAAGGUGCGCAAGGCUGCCCAGCCAUUCCUCGAGUGGCUCGAGAACGCCGAGAGCGAUGAAGAGGAGGAAGACAGUGAUGACUCCGAGUAG